CGUAAAGGACGAGGUCAGGGGAAACGUUGGCGGGUUUCCCUUCCCUCCAAACGUUUCUUCUGCCUAUUCACUCACCGGCACCGUCGAGAAGGCAAGGGGAAGAAGGAUUGAGCUUAGCUGUCUACUCUGGCUCGUCAAUGGAGGGGAAGAAGAGCUGCUCCUGGGACAACUGGGUUGGGGAGGCAUUGUCGAAGCUUCAAUCCACCAAGCUGCUUCGGUCGUUGAGACCCAUUACCCUUUCCACCGAACAACCUCUCCCAUCAAUGCUGGUUCCGUCUCUUGGCCACGAUUACGAGGUGUUCGACGAAAUGCAGCCGUGGGAUCGGUCCUCCGUUGAGGUAUCGGUUUCAGAGGCCACGUUUCGCAAUUGGCUCCUUGAGGCUGCCAGUGUCGGAGAAGAUGAUUCUUACAGUGGUGGUGGUGUUGAGCAGCGAGCUGGGCAGUUCAAGAAGCUACUUUUGUUCUCUGGAAAUGAUUACUUGGGCUUGAGUUCGCAUCCCACUAUUGGGAAAGCUGCUGCCAAGGCAGCUCAAGAUCAUGGAAUGGGGCCGAGAGGUUCUGCUUUAAUCUGUGGUUACACUAAUUACCAUAGACUGCUUGAAUCUUGCUUGGCAGGCUUGAAGAAAAAAGAGGACUGCCUUCUUUGCCCUUCAGGGUUUUCGGCCAAUAUGGCCGUAAUGGUAUCUGUUGGAAGCAUUGGCUCUCUUUUGGCCACGUCUCAGAAGAAACCUCAAAUGGAAGAAAAGAUUGCCGUGUUUUCAGAUGCUCUGAACCAUGCUUCAAUAAUUGAUGGUAUUCGUCUUGCUGAGCGACAACAGACAAUUGAGGUCUAUGUGUAUAGGCAUUGUGACAUGUCCCACCUAAGUUCAUUACUCUCAAGCUGCUCUUUGAAGAAGAAGGUUGUUGUGACUGAUAGUUUGUUUAGUAUGGACGGAGACUUUGCACCAAUGGCUGAACUUGUGAAUCUUCGGAAGAGGCAUGGCUUUUUGUUGAUCAUCGAUGAUGCCCAUGGAACAUUUGUUUGUGGCAAGGAUGGUGGUGGAGUUGCUCAGGAGUUUAAUUGUGAAAGAGAUGUCGAUAUAUGCGUUGGCACACUGAGUAAAGCUGCAGGUUGCCAUGGGGGAUUCAUAGCAUGCGGUAAAAGAUGGAAGCAACUCAUACAAUCAAGAGGCCGCUCAUUUAUAUUCUCAACUGCUAUACCAGUUCCUGUUGCAGCAGCUGCCCAUGCUGCUGUUAUUGUGGCGGAAAAGGAAGCGUGGCGAAGAAGGGAAAUUUGGAAGAGGGUCCAAGACUUUCGGAUUCUUACUGGGAUCCCUAUCACCAGCCCUAUUAUCUCCCUUGUUGUAGGCAGUGAAGAGAAAGCCCUGCGAGCUAGCCGGUACAUGUUGGAAUCUGGUUUUCACGUCACUGCAAUCCGGCCCCCUACUGUGCCGUCCAACUCAUGCAGAUUAAGAGUGACUCUUAGCGCGACACACUCCGUGGAUGAUUUGAAGAAACUGACGGCUGCACUAUCCCGUUGCAUCAGCCUUGAAGCUAUCAGUAGCCACAACAACAACUUGAAUGGAUAUGCCAGACUCUAGAUUAAUACAAAUCCAUGUAGAGAAACAAGAUUAGCAGUAGGAAACCAAACUGGUGUACUGCUGUAGGGUUUUUCUUAAUUUAGGCGAAGCUUCCUAAGGAAGGUAUCUUCUGUAAACUGGUUGCUCAAUGCUUUCCAGUACAGCUGAAACGCUCAGGUAAUGGCGGAUUACCAAUUUUUUUGUUGUUGUAAAAGAAUAGCUACCGUCAUCUCUGUUGUAGUCUUGGUUAGGAUACUCGGCUCUCACCUGAACCGAGAGACUGCUGUUCGGAGUUCAUGGUUUGUAAUCACAUUGAUGAUCAUAAUAGUAGUCUAUUAUAUAAACAAACUCAAACAGAUUGCAAAUGAAAACCCACUUAAGCA